CAGACAGGAUUAUUGAAACGACACUGCACCCGGAAAUGGUGGCACCACGCACUGACCCCCGCAGCACUCAAGGCUGGAAGACGCUGUGGAGGUGCAGCAGACACUCGUCCUCAUACAGGUUCAUUCUAACUGGGCAGCAGUAACCACGACUGAGGUGUGUGCGCCCGCCGGGCGAUUGGCACCACCUUUACACAGAGCAAUUUUCAAGAACGAGUGUUCAUACUAAUGUUCAUUCCUGACAACUGCCCUGUGUAAACCCGCCAUAGUGUGGGCCGUCCAGAUAACCCAAGCGCUGAAGGCUCAGCCUGACCAUGGCGUCCUGCAGGCAUCACCAGCAGCAUCUGAAAACUGCAACAUGAUGAGGGCCUGGCCCAUCACAGUAUUCAGACACCACCCCCAACAUCCUCUGAACUGGGGGCAGACUGUAAGCUCUUGUGGUCUCACCGUACAAGUAACAUCACAGCUCACAUGCAUGGAGCGCUCCCCAGUAGAGUGUGGGGCCCCCAAUGUACCACAUACAUCGCUGUAAUAGAAGGAGAGCACAACAAUAUAUACACCCAGGAGGGCAAGAAAUUAUACACCCGGUUCUGUACCAACCAGGCUUUAUACAGCCGGUUCUGUACCAACCAGGCUUUAUACACCCAGUUCUGUACCAACCAGGCUUUAUACACCCAGAUCUGUACCAUCCAGGCUUUAUACACCCAGUUCUGUACCAACCAGGCUUUAUACACCCAGUUCUGUACCAACCAGGCUUUAUACACCCAGUUCUGUACCAACCAGGCUUUAUACACCCAGUUCUGUACCAACCAGGCUUUAUACAUCCGGUUCUGUACCAACCAGGCUUUAUACACCCAGUUCUGUACCAACCAGGCUUUAUACACCCGGUUCUGUACCAACAAGGCUUUAUACACCCGGUUCUGUACCAACCAGGCUUUACACACCCGGUUCUGUACCAACAAGGCUUUACACACCCGGUUCUGUACCAACAAGGCUUUAUACACCCGGUUCUGUACCAACAAGGCUUUACACACCCGGUUCUGUACCAACAAGGCUUUACACACCCUGUUCUGCAUCAAUACGGCUUUACACACCCCGUUCUGUAAUAAGGCUUUACACACCCCGUUCUGUAUCAAUAAGGCUUUACACACCCGGUUCUGUACCAACCAGGCUUUACACACCCGGUUCUGUACCAACCAGGCUUUACACACCCCGUUCUGUAAUAAGGUUUUACACACCCCGUUCUGUAUCAAUAAGGCUUUAUACACCCCGUUCUGCAUCAAUAAGGCUUUACACACCCCGUUCUGCAUCAAUAAGGCUUUACACACCCCGUUCUGCAUCAAUAAGGCUUUACACACCCCGUUCUGCAUCAAUAAGGCUUUACACACCCCGUUCUGCAUCAAUAAGGCUUUACACACCCCGUUCUGCAUCAAUAAGGCUUUACACACCCCGUUCUGUAUUAAUAAGGCUUUACACACCCCGUUCUGCAUCAAUAAGGCUUUACACACCCCGUUCUGCAUCAAUAAGGCUUUAUACACCCCGUUCUGCAUCAAUAAGGCUUUACACACCCCGUUCUGCAUCAAUAAGGCUUUACACACCCCGUUCUGCAUCAAUAAGGCUUUACACACCCCGUUCUGCAUCAAUAAGGCUUUACACACCCCGUUCUGCAUCAAUAAGGCUUUACACACCCCGUUCUGCAUCAAUAAGGCUUUACACACCCCGUUCUGCAUCAAUAAGGCUUUACACACCCCGUUCUGCAUCAAUAAGGUUUAUAUACCCGGUUCUGUAUUAAUAAGGUUUUAUACACCCCGUUCUGCAUCAAUAAGGUUUAUAUACCCGGUUCUGUAUUAAUAAGGUUUUAUACACCCCGUUCUGUAUUAUUAAGGUUUAUAUACCCGGUUCUGUAUUAAUAAGGUUUUAUACACCCCGUUCUGUAUUAAUAAGGUUUUAUACACCCCGUUCUGCAUCAAUAAGGUUUAUAUACCCGGUUCUGUAUUAAUAAGGUUUAUAUACCCGGUUCUGUAUUAAUAAGGUUUAUAUACCCGGUUCUGUAUUAAUAAGGUUUUAUACACCCCUUUCUGUAUUAAUAAGGUUUUAUACAUCCGGUUCUGCAUUAACAAGGUUUAUACACCCCGUUCUGCAUCAAUAAGGUUUAUAUACCCGGAUCUGUAUUAAUAAGGUUUUAUACACCCGGUUCUGUAUUAAUAAGGUUUUAUACACCCCGUUCUGUAUUAUUAAGGUUUAUAUACCCGGUUCUGUAUUAAUAAGGUUUUAUACACCCCGUUCUGUAUUAAUAAGGUUUUAUACACCCCGUUCUGUAUUAUUAAGGUUUAUAUACCCGGUUCUGUAUUAAUAAGGUUUUAUACACCCCGUUCUGUAUUAUUAAGGUUUAUAUACCCGGUUCUGUAUUAAUAAGGUUUUAUACACCCCUUUCUGUAUUAAUAAGGUUUUAUACAUCCGGUUCUGUAUUAACAAGGUUUAUACACCCCGUUCUGCAUCAAUAAGGUUUAUAUACCCGGAUCUGUAUUAAUAAGGUUUAUAUACCCGGUUCUGUAUUAAUAAGGCUUUAUACACCCCGUUCUGUAUUAAUAAGGUUUUAUACACCCCGUUCUGUAUUAAUAAGGUUUUAUACACCCGGUUCUGUAUUAAUAAGGUUUUAUACACCCCGUUCUGUAUUAAUAAGGUUUUAUACACCCGGUUC